AUGUCCUCCGACCGAGUCAAAAUUGAGCAGCAGAUAGCGAAGGCAGUAGAGUACACUGCCUCGCUUAAAUCGAAGCCAAAUUUGUCUAAAAUUGCGCGCGAAUAUGGCGUUCCGUAUCAGCGUUUUAGGGCGCGUCUUCAAGGUCGGCAGGCCUUACACGCUCCUAAACCCUACCAAGAGACCCUAGAUCCCUGGCAAAUUCAGGGCCUUGUUCACUGGUGGAAAUUCUUUGAUUCAGUAGGGUACAGACCCUCCCACCAAGAGGUUAUUGCUGCUGCAAAUCAUAUUCUCGCGCCUGAGUCAGUAGGCAAAAUGUGGCUUUAUCGCUUUGAGGAGAGGCAUCUUAAACCACUUGGAACGCGUAUUGCGCGUCACCGACCUGUGAAUAAGAAGCGUCUUGAGACAGAGGAUUUUGGAAUGCUUGAAAUCUGGUAUGGCAAGCUUCGUGAGUAUCUGCAUUGCGAUGGCAAUAAUAUGAUACUCACGCAUAACAUUUACAACUUUGAUGAGACUGGAUUUAUGCUUGGAGUAGGCAAGACGACUCGAGGGCCCUCACAGUAUAGUGAUAAGCGCUUUGCCUCACUUGAGAAGGGUACACUUGUCUCUGUCAUUGAGUGUGCCUGUGCCGAUGGAACGAUGGUAGAGCCGCCUUAUAUCAUAUUUCCAGGUGCACGUCAUAUGGAGUCGUGGUAUGAAGGCAAUGUGCCUAAUUACCCUGUCAAUGUUAGCGAAACUGGUUAUUCGAACGGCGAGAUUGCACUUGACUGGAUCAAAUUAUUCGAUAAGCAGACAUAUGCAAAGGCAGCAGGCAAGCAGAGGCUGCUAUUAUUUGACGGUCAUCCAUCACAUAUUACUGUCGAGUUUCUCCAAUAUUGCCAGGAUAACAACAUUAUUGCCUGGAAUUUUAUGUCAAAUUUGACACAAUUAUGCCAACCACUCGACCAGAAGCCCUUUCUUGUCUAUAAGCAGGCAUAUAAGGCACAGACAUCGCACCUACAGGCAGAGGGGAGAUUCGAUGAUACUAUACACAAAGGCGCGUUUCUACAUCAACUACCAGAUCUCCGCAAGCGCGUCUUCCAGCGCUCUACAAUUCGUCAUGCCUUCCGUGAUACAGGUCUGGUUCCAUAUAAUCCAGAUCUAAUAUUAGAUAAGGUUAACCUAGACCUUACCUCUAAUAUUACUGUUACUGUUGAUGAAGGCUGGCUUGCCAAUACACCUUCACCACCUCCACAGAGCAGUUCACCACUCCCCUCAAGUCCUAUCAAGACCCCUCGCUCUGCUCGCCGUGUUGUUAAGAAGAUUCUAAAUAAAGAUAUCUCUAAUAACCCACAAGUCGUGCGAGGUUUAGACCUACUAUGUGAUGGUCUAUUAGCAAAUGUGGAGCGGAACCGUCAUCUUGAGCAGAGCUUCCAGAACCAUUUCAGCGCUCCAAAACAGCGUACAAAACGGCAGGUCCAAGGCAAAGGCCUCAGUUCUAUCACAGGUCGUCUAUAUCCUCAUGAUGCACAAAAUUCAAUUAGAGAGCGCAAGGCACGUGAGCAGAAGGCAGCAGAGGCUCGCGCAGCAAAGGAUGCACGACCAAACUUAGGUGAAAAAACGCCGAUUUCUCCUACAGAACCCCCUCCAAUCGAGCCCAAAUUGCCCUCACCGAGAACUAUCAGACGUCGCGAGUUCAAUGAGAGGAUGAAAAAAUAUAGAGGCAAAGCGAAGGUCUACGGAGCGCCGUCGCCGUCGAGGGGGGGUGAAAUUUUAUUGGGGUGGCGUGGUUAUCGGCGUGGCGUGGUGCACCCACUUGGCGACGACCUGGAGCGAGUGGGGGCACUGACUAAGGCACCGGUACCCAAAAAGCAAUAUGGCGAAGUCAGUGACAAGUCAGGGCCACCCAGUGAUCGGGUCACUUAG